AGUCGACCCGCGCGGAAGAAGAGCUCAUAAUUUCCUGAGUCAUUGCUUCUGUGGUUUAUUAAACGAAAUAACUAAAGAGUAUCCUCAGUAAGCUUUAAUAUAUUUAUUUGGACAUUUAUUUUAAGAAUGGAGGGGUCGGUGUCCAAUGUGGAGGUGUGUAACUUUGCUUACACGGGGCAGUUUGAGAAAUUAAAACAGUGCAUCCUGUCAGAUAAAACGCUUGCCUGCAAAACAGACCAGGACCGGAGAACCGCGCUGCACUGGGCUUGUUCUGCUGGACACACCAAUAUUGUGGAGUUUCUUCUUGACCUGGGAGUUGAAGUGAACCUGCAAGAUGAUGCUUCGUGGACCCCUUUGCACAUUGCAGCAUCUGCAGGCAGAGAAGACAUCGUGAGAUCUCUGAUAUCCAAAGGAGCUCAGCUCAACUCAGUUAAUCAAAAUGGAUGCACCCCUCUGCACUAUGCAGCCUCCAAAGACAGAUAUGAGAUUGCCCUGCUGCUGUUGGAAAAUGGAGCAGACCCCAAUGCUACUGACAAGCUGGACUCUACGCCUCUUCACAGAGCAUCUGCCAAGGGCAACUACAGGCUCAUCCAGCUGCUUCUCAAACAGAGUGCAUCAACAAAUAUUCAGGACUCACAGGGCAACACACCUCUCCAUCUUGCAUGCGAUGAAGAGCGUGUUGAAGCAGCCAAGUUGCUGGUGGAACAUGGAGCGAGCAUUUACAUUGAGAACAAGGAGGAGAAGACCCCGCUCCAGAUAGCAAAGGGCAGUCUUGGGAACAUACUCCGUCGGAUCGUGGAGGGAUGAUGCUUUGUCUGACCGACACGUCUUGUUCCAGCUUAAAUCCCCACCACCAACCGCCAAGUUACAUUCUAAGAUUUCCCAUCCCGCUCAGUCCUCCUUAAGCGGUGCGGUGUGGAAGAUGAGAUGAUGGACUCAGAUGGUGCUUUGAGACUGCACAGAUCUUAUUUGUUGGAUCAGAAACCCAGUCUGAGCACAGAUUUUCAAACCCCACAGGCUAUUUUCUAUUAAAUUUGAAUUGUCAAUGUAAAACAUGAAGUUCAAUCUGUUAAUAAAUGUGUUGUUCGUGAAUGACA